AUGCUUUUCUCCAUUGACAAUCUGGACUCUACUCCUGAGGAUGAACUUAAGCAAGACGAAGAGCACACUGCGGUGCCCUUAAAGCGAGUGGAUGGCAAACCUGACAAAUGGGCACCUCCCCAGCUAUAUCUCAAGCAGUCACUGCACAACCGUGUGCGGCUGAAUUCGCAGCUUCUGGUCAAAUUGUCAGAUCUUGGCUCAGUUUUACGGCAACAGUUUGGCGCUGAGAUUGAUAUCUGGAGCUUCGGUUGUCUCAUGUUCGAAUUUUUGACCGGCAGAUCGCUCUUCGCUCUCAUGAUGCUUGGACAUGACCAGGACGAACAGGACGAAACGGAUGACGACCAUCUCCUACAGCUCAACGAUAUUCUCUGUCCUCUGCCUGAAUCGAUGAUAAAGCUUUGGCCGCGGUUUAGUAAGUGGUACACCACAGAUCGCAAGCGUCUCCAGCCAUAUGGCGAUGAAGAGCCGUACAUCUACGAUUCCAUCGAAAUUCUGUUUGCGAAAAACAAGUCACCGGAGAUUGGUGAAGAGGAGGCGGCCAUCGUAGUUUCGUUGAUGCGACGGAUAUUAGAAUACGACCCGGAACAACGCCCUACAGCAGAAGAACUACUCAAGAAUCCGUGGUUUUCGAGUGAGGAGUCAAUGACCUAA